UGCAGUGUGUGCUGAUGGCGGCACUAGACUUGGUGUUACUGUACUCUAGAGUUUCAAAGCUCUCUAACGGACUUAGGGCUAACUGCCUGCUCCUCUGUGUGGGCCUGUCCCGCGCCGUCCCACGGUCCGUGGGUGUGUCCCGUCGCCGCUGCCCCGAAACAAACAGAGCAAAGGAACAAAACACGCUCCAAAGUGAAAAGUUCGUGAUGAGUUGGGAGUAGACGCGGCCUGCCUCGGGGAUGGCAGUGUGGACCAGAGCGGAAAAACACGGCCAGCUAGACCUGCUCCUCCGCGACCGCUGGAUCCGAGUGGCCGCAGAACUCACCCGAGAAACUUUGACGUUAACAGCCGAGGCGGAGGCCAAUGACCCCUGGGACUACAACAACGCGUCUCCGGGACCGAGGAACGGCUUGUCAAACGGAAAUGAGCCAGGGGGCAGUCCAGGAAACUCUGGCCAAAGCCCUAACUACGGCGGGCGAGGGGUCAGCCGGGGUCCCAACAGCCCAGGGAAGUACCACAGUAACGGCACCAACUCAGACUUCAGUCCUGGUUCGGGAUACGGCAGCCCCGGCUCCAGCCUAGGCUCGGACGGCUGCUCGGAGGCUGUUCGCAGGGUGAGAGUGGUAAAACAGGAGUCUGGGGGGCUCGGCAUCAGCAUCAAGGGCGGUCGCGAGAACCGCAUGCCCAUCCUCAUCUCCAAGAUCUUCCCGGGGCUGGCGGCGGACCAAAGCAGGGCUCUGCGCGUCGGCGACGCUAUUCUGUCCGUCAAUGGCAACGACCUCCGCGAGGCUACGCACGACCUGGCGGUACAGGCGCUCAAGAAAGCUGGGAAAGAGGUGACGCUCGAAGUGAAGUACAUCCGCGAGGUGUCUCCACUCUUCAAGAAGCCCUCCCUGGUGGCAGAGCUCCCCUGGGCCGGCUGCACUGAGGAGCCCCCCCCACACAGCUCCAGGGAUCGCGACACAAAAGUCAUUAGCCUCAAAAUGUGUUUCAUCAGCAGGAACCUGACCAUGCCCGAUCUGGAGAACCGACUGCUGGAGCUACACUCUCCUGAUGGACAGCACAUGGUGGUUUUGCGCUGUAAAGAUGCCUCCAGUGCUAACUCCUGGUUCACUGCCAUCCACACUAACACUGCCGCCCUGCUGCCACUUGCCCUCUCCCACAUCAACGCUUACCUGGGUGCUACGUCGGCUACGGCACACCCCCACCUCAAGCACAUCGGCUGGCUGUCUGAGCAGGUGCAGCUGGGCAGUGGCCGGCAGCAGCUCCGCCCCCUCGUCAUGGCAAUGACUGAGAAGGACCUGUUGCUAUUCCAGUCCGUGCCCUGGACCAGAGAGGCCUGGGCCAUGCCUCUGCUCACACAUCCUCUGCUGGCCACCAGGUUGGUACACUCUGGCAGCACACGAGGCUCUCCGUCCCACGGCUCCGAGCUGCUGUUUGCCACUCGCACAGGCACAGCACGUGGUGUGGAGGCGCAUGUCUUCAGGGUGGAGACCCACUGGGACUUGUCAUCAUGGACACGAGCUCUGGUGCAGGGUGUGCAUGCUGCAGCCGAGCUCAUCAAAGAGGUGUCCAUAGGCUGCACCUUAAACAGGCAGGACGUGCGUCUCACCCUGCACUAUGAAAAUGGAUUCACUGUGACACGAGAGCCAGAUGAGGCAGCAGGGGGCGCUGUGCUCUACAGGUAUCCCUAUGAAAAACUCAAGAUGUCUGCUGACGAUGGAGUGCGGAACUUGUACCUGGAUUUUGGAGGUCCUGAAGGAGAAAUGGUGCUGGACCUCCACUCUGGCCCCAAGCCUGUGGUGUUUGUGCUGCACUCCUUCUUGUCGGCUAAGCUCAGUCGCAUGGGCCUGCUCACCUGACCUGACCUCCAGGUGGGCCUGCUCUCAGGGUUCAUCGCGGCUCUGACUAGGGACGUCUGCCACAGCUUUCCUUGUGUCCUUGUACAGCUCACACUAGCCUGAGGUAGUGCUGCCGAACCAAGACAACCCACACAUGCUGAAAAGAAAGGUGCCUGAGACUUUUCCUUGAGCUUUUGUAACUUGCACAUCAGGGAAACCUAUGGGGAACACCAAUCUAGAGACAUUGCCUUUGACCCAUUCCAUGUAAUACACAAAGCAAAGGAAUGUCGCUCAUUUGAGACUGUUGUAUAUGUGGACGGAGCUGUAGGUGUUGAUGAGCUGCUAAUAGUGACCCUUUGAUCCCAUGGAGUUUUUAAGUGAUGAUGUCGCUUCUGGGUCCAAUCAGAAACUUCACAGCUGAUUUCUAGCUUUGUUUUUAGCUUUCUAGCUUUCAUCAAACCAGAGGCGGUUAUCUUUGAAAAGUGUCUGUUUAACCACAAUCUGUAUCAAUUAUGUAAAUAAUGUAGUAAUAAUCUUGCCUUACAUUAUAUAGAUUUAGCAGUAUUUAUAUAUCACCCACUGCCAGUCCAGCUUAGCCUAGUUUCUUACCUCAACCUUGAACACUUCCUGUCACACUUAAAAUCAUGUAAGUGUUAAAAUGACUGCAAUCCCUUUUUAAUGUGAGAUAUGUUGUCACAAUCAAAAAAGAGUAAAUUGUAAACGUCAAUCAUUUUCAAUCAACAGAUGUGCCUUGGACCCGGAAGUGACAUCACACUUAGCAAACCUACAGUAGACUGACCCAAGGUUCCCAUAUUAGCUUGGUGGCCAGUGAUCAAUAGCUUUAUAGUGGAAUGUGCGUCUACUAAUUCUAAUGUUUAUGGAGCUCACAUUUGCCUACAGCCGCCCUCCAGUGACCUAUGCUGUUACUCUGUCAGAGCCUUGCACUGUGUAUGCUUGUAGAGUCUAAGCACAGUCAGGAUGCCAAUAGUGCCUUGAGACAUUUAGUCAGACAAUCUUGACAUGAUUCCUUAUCUUGUCACAACUGUAGAACCCAAGCUUUUAUUUUGUACAAGCAAUAGUAUUAAUCCUUUAACGUGUAAUAAUCUAAAUUAGUUUUUAGUAUGUUUUUAUCUCGUCUUUAUAUAUGUGCGUAAGCAGUAUCCAGCAUGUGCUGACUCAUCAUAAAUGCUUAAAUGAUAUGAUAAGACUCCAUGACCACUGCAUUUAACUCUUGGCAACUUUCAGCUUUGCUGAGAAGAUUAUUUCUGUUACAUUCCUCAGACAUAUUAAAGGGAGCAAGUGACAACAUCAUACAAAAGGUCGUAAAGACUGUAUUUGAAUCGAUAUGUUACUAUUCCAUUUAAAUUUUAAAGGGCCUAAAUUAUGCAGAAUUGAUUCCUGUGAGCUUUAAGCCAUGUUAUAAUGUUACCUCCUCAAAAACACACAUGGAGCUGCGUUUUAAUUCAUUCACUGCAUGUUUGAGUGACUUAAUUAUUCUGUCUACACCUCUAAGGCUUAAAAUGCUUUCUUCCACCUUGUGAUGUCAUGAAGCAGUAGUUUCAAUUUAACAGCUACCUUUUUAGCUUUUGUUUAGUAGAGACUGGAAAUUCUAAAGCUGAAAUUAUCCAAAUGAUUCUACUGAAGGUGUAUGGAGUUUAAAAACACAGUUUAGCACUUUCUGAGUGUUUGUGGAAAUUGACUAAACAUGUGUGAAUAAAACAAAAGACAACGCCAGGUAUGUUUUUGAAACAACAUUGCGACAUACAUCAGAAAAUAGCAUAAUAUAUGCCUGUUAAGUGGAAGUCUGUUUUGCCUGGGCCCACUGAAAAGAGCUGUUUAUUUUAACUUAUUCACAGAUUCAGUCUCAUAUGUAGUUUUAGACUUUUGUUUUUAUUCUAUAAUGUGAUGACAUGCUCCUGCUGGGCUUCUCUGACUGCUCUUAUUGACUGUCCAUGAUGCACUAACCUGUGAAUGUGCGCUGUACACAUUUGAAAAAGGUCUUUUUCUAUUAAAAAAAGCCUCUAUGCAAAGCAGCGACCAAAGUGAGAUCCUGGUGGCAGCUCGUGCGUGACACAAUCUUUCAAAUACAUAGCAUAUUUGCUGCUGUAGUAUUAUGCAAGUAUUUUAGAUCUUUCUACCUUGACAAGUAUGCAAUGUUUAUUAAUAAAAAUGUUAUAAUAACCUCAUGUAAAUAUCAAUAAAACCACUUAUGUCACCUGU